AGUUGAAGUUGAGACAUAACUACUGAGAUCACAGAUUGCUUCCGGAGUUUAUAUUUCUUGGAAAAUGUCCAUGGCCCAUCAUUCAAGUUAAUAUAUAGAUCUAACUAAUAAUAACCAAAAUUUUGUAAGUUUCCAAAUCUCUAUGUUACACACACUCUUUGAAUUAUUUUAAUUUUUUAAAUUUAUAAAAUAUUGGUGGUUGGUCCUUCGCACUCCUUCGUAAGAUGACCAAGACAGUAAAUUGUAAGGCAAGGCAGUCUGUCGUCUGAGUUCAGUCAUUUCAAUAAUAGUGAGUCUGAGUGGUCUCAGUUACAAUUACUAUUACUUUAUAACCCUUAAUUACAUAUAUUUUUUUAUUCUUUUAUACAACAAUUAUAAUAAUUGCAUUUUUAAACUAUGAUCACUGAGAACAUCAGUACAGGUCUGCGAGGUAGGAGAAAUGGUCUGUUAUCAAGUUACAGGCUGCCAUCAAGGUGGAACAAAUGGGUGUAGUGACAUUGACAGUUGAGAGAAUUUAUGUGAAGUCGGGAGUCAUAGAAUUAGGACUACCACGUGAAGUAGGACGGAACAAAAAAAAUGGUUGACCCAUGGUGGGAGGGGGUGAUUUUAGUAAAGGCAGUGUCUACGCGACCGGACGUAUAUCUCCCGCACUAUUUGUCCGGCGACCAAGUCACAUGACCGCCGUAACAAAGUGGCGAGAGCUAUCUUGUCCGUGAGCCUUGUCGCGUGAACGCGAAUGAUUCAAAACUAUUGUUAAUUUUAAAAUCUAUUUCUCUACCAUUAAUGUACUGAGUAUCUUGAAUGCAAAUAAUAGAAAAAAUUAAGCUAAAGUGGCUUGUAAACAUUUUUGUUUAGUUUGUUAUUUGAGUUUGUGUACCAGUAAUCCAUAAAAUAAAUUAAGGGCCAGUGUGGAGUAGGCAACCAAUAAAAGCAAAAGAUCUCAUCUUAAAUUGUUUAAAUUGCAACAAAAUAUUUAAAAACUCUCAUGAAACUACUGUUGCUGAUGAACAUGAUAAUAUAAAUAUAAUAUAAAAUAUUUUUAAUUAAAAUGGGGGGAAAAAAACAAUCCCAUACCAGGAAUUGAUCAUCAAAUAUAAUAAUGUCAAGCAAUCAUUCUACCACAAGACCACACAAGAUCUGCCAAUUGGCUCUUCGUUGGGAAUAAUAACGACUACUAGUCAUCCGGCGGUCACGUGACAUGUCGCCGGACGUAUAUCUCGCGCACUAUUUGUCCGGCGCGCCGGACGUGUAGACACUUUGUUUAGUAAAUACUCUAGGGCAGGGAUUCUUAACUUUAUGCAGUGCUGCAGCCCCACUCAGUUUUAAACAUUCCCCCACAGUAUAAAUGAUUUUGUAACAAAAUUGAAAAUAAUUAAAUGGUUUAGUUAUUGUAGUUUUAUUUCUUUGAUUAACUUUUUAUAAACAAGGAAAGAAAAUUACCAAUACAAGUAAUGCACACAAAAACAAAAUUCACCAGAAAAACAUUUGUUGCUCCUAAAAACUAAUUUUUAAAAAAAAAAGCAGCAAGUACUUGAAAGGGCAGCAAAAACAAUGUUCUGGUCUUCCGCACCUCAGGGCUGGGGAGGUACUUUUAUCCCUGGUUAAGAAGCACUGUUCUAGUAAAAUGUUUCUGAUACUGGUGCAGUACUUUGAUAUCCAUGGAAAGUGAAUUUCUUAAGGGUUUAAGGGUUCGUAAAGGACAUUAGUGGACACAGGGAAUUUUUUUUUUUUUUUGGGAGGUGCUGCAGAGAUUUGUGAUGUUAUAUUAGAGGGGGUCAAAGUUUAUGUGACGAUUUGUAGGGGGGAAGGGGAGCAAUUCUGAUACUGGUGCAGUACUUUGAUAUCCAUGGAAAGUGAAUUUCUUAAGGGUUUAAGGGUUCGUAAAGGACAUUAGUGGACACAGGGAAUUUUUUUUUUUUUUUUGGGAGGUGCUGCAGAGAUUUGUGAUGUUAUAUUAGAGGGGGUCAAAGUUUAUGUGACGAUUUGUAGGGGGGAAGGGGAGCAAAAUCCUCAAAAUUUGCGUGACAUCAUUUAUCAAAUUCAAAAUAUUACUGAGUAAAAAAUAUAGGGUCUAGCUAAAAUCUUAGAGAUUAUAUUUAAUAUAAAACUAGCAAAUACUAAAUGAUUCAUGGCAUUAGCCUAACAUUUAAAUGAAUAAUUCAAAUUUUAUGCAAAAGAGAUGAAUGCAAUUUAAUGACACUUAGUGAAAUUCAAUUAAAAAUUUAACUGCCCAUCAUUUUUGUUGCCUUUAUUUUCUGUAUUUUAAAAAGAAAUUUAAGACUUAAGACCUAUGAGACUGACUGUCAGGCCCUGUGAGUACGACACUGAAUGUUAUUUUGGCAUAAAAUGUUUUAGAAUGUUAACAAGAAUAGGGACUCAUUAUAUACACAGAUUAAAAAUGAAAUAAUUGUGAUGCUGAAUUUUUAUUGUCUCCAGCCAUUGCUCCAAUUAAUUUCAUAUAAAAUAAUUGAAGAGCAUAGUGAUUAAAUAUUAAUCAUAAUUAGGACUAACAGGCAAAGGCAUAUAUUCUUUAUUAUUUUGAUAUUGAGCAACAUAAGCCAUAUUUACUCAUUCUAAAGCCUAUUAUACAUUUUUGUUGUGGAAAUAUUACAUGGGAACAAUUGGGUUUUUAUGCUUAUGAGCUCGUCAAGGUAGAUUUUAAAAUUUUGUCCAGGUACAUUGAAUAAUGACUUUGUCAUUUUAGCUUACUAAGAUCCUUGUCUAUUUUAAACCUUACUCUACAAAAUUCAAAUAUGUUACCAGAAGCAUUUUUGUUCUGAGUCAACUAUGCACCCAUGUAUUACAAUUAAAAUUACUUUACAUAUAUGAACUGUAGGCUUAUGUAUUCGAGUACCCCUGCAAUUCAAUAUACAGUAAUAAUAAUAUUAUAUUGUAAUGUUUAAUAUGUCUUAUUUUCUCUUAUUUUGUCUAAUAUAUUGGGUAAUAAGAGUCUAAUGGUGACUAGAGGGGUCUUUUAUGAUGUCCAUAGGAAUUCAUAAUGUUAAAAACCAUAUUUAGAGGAUCCUGAACAAGUUUUCUAUGCUCCAACUAACUAAAAAUAUGUGAUUUACAAAUAAAGAAUCCUACUUCAUGGACAUUGACUUAGCGCUGUAGAUUCUGGAACUGAUUAACCCAAUAAACAAGGGAUGACUGAAUAGGUUGGUUUAGAUUCUACCAUCUAAGUUUAUUUAUUAGACCUUCCUUUGGGCUGCAGUUUCUAUUUUCUCAUUAUUAUUUAUUAUCUUGUCCUUAAUGGUGUUUCUGCAUCUUCAAGAUGGCGUGUGUAAUAAGGGGUUUAUUGACCAUUCAAUGGAGUCAUUAAGUUAAAAUUAAACAGUUUUUAAAAUUUAUUCCCCAAGAAAACUAUUUCAUCAUUGCGUAGCAACGAUCUCUUUAACUCUGCUCUAAUCUUAAAUUUUUUUCAUUUUUCAAUAGUUUUAUCAACAACAAGAUGCCAAGAAAAACUUCCAAACCCCAACAGAAUGAACAUGAUAGUGAAAGUGAAAGUGAUGGAAAUUUGUACGAAGAGACUGUAAGCAAUUAUGACUUGCGCAAUCGACGGGAAAGGCUAGCAAGUCCAUUAUUAAAACAUAAAUCUCCAGUUCCCGGCCAUGUCAGUAAUACAAGCCUACUGUCGGACUCUUCAACUUUGGAUGAGCCCGAUAAAAGUCCAAACUAUAGCAGAGGAUCAAGGAGCUCAUCUGAUGGAUAUGGUUCCCCCAAUAGAAACUCCCCUAACACAGGAAGUCCAGAGCGUAUUUAUCCUCUUUUGCCAACCAAUCAAAAUCCAGGAUUUAGGAGCAGUCCCGAUAUUUACCCGAACCUGGAUGAAUCUCUACACAAUUUAUCACGAGAAUCAGAGGCUGGAAAUGAAUCCAGGUCAUUGGAUGCUAGUGACUCUGAUAAGACAGUACGGUGCCGAAACUUAAAUGACAACAAUUCUGGUGAUACCUGGAGGAAAGAAAGCUUUAUAAAUCCAGACCAUCACAAUCAGGAGAAUUAUUCUUCCUCAAAUUCUAUAAUUAUAAUUAUUAUUUCCAUUUUCUUUGUAGUUAUUUUAUUGUAUUUUGGCUCUUCAAAUACAUCGACAACUGAGCCACCUACCAAUGUCUCACCUUAUGAGUCAUUUAUCACUAACAUCGACAGUUUAGAAAAAAUGUUUCCCAAUCAGAGCAAACGUUUUUGGAACACAUUCAAAGCAUCAUCGCGACACAUUUUGGAUGACCCAAAUUCUGACUAUCCAAGUGUGAUUCUGAUGGCCUCACAAACCUAUAACGGUCAUAUUGCAUCUUGCAUAGCCAAACUGAUCACCCAAAAGUUUGAAUCUGUCAAACCAAGCAAGCUGGCAGAGUUCACUGUUGCUGAUAUUGACUUGUUUAAAAUGUUGAGCUCAGGGGAGCAGAAGAAGAAACUGGAUGAAAAGUUAACUGAAACAUUUCGCCAGCAUAAGUCUGUAAUCUUGGAUAACCUUCAGUCCUUAUCUCCUGAGGCUGCUCUGCUGUUGCAUGGUUACUGUGACAACGACAAUGCCCCGUACAAAGAUGUGAUGAUGGUUCUCAUACUGCAUGUGGAUCCCAAUGCGCUGAAACUGGAUCCUGACGGCACAAACAGCGUUGAAAAGUAUCUGCAAGCUUUGUGGACCCAAGGCCUGCAUGAGGACAAAGUGGCAGCUCUGCUGAGUCGAGUGGCCAACAAUGUUGUUGUGAUUAAUGCAGAGGAUGAUAAAACUGUGAGCAAAGCUUGUGCUGAUCUCAGGCUCUGAAAGGCACAUUAGUCAUAUCAUAUUUGUUUAACAUUCUGUUAAGAGAUGAGAAUUGAAUGAACUCAAACAUUUCUAGACAUUGUGAAAUGUAUUGUUUGAUUUCUUUGAAAAAUCUUUGAAAUAUUUCUAAUAACAAUUGAAUUUUGAAAUAAUUUUAGGAAUUAACGUUUCAGAUAAUUCUAGAAAUUAAACGUGUUAGUAAAGUUUACUUGUGAUCAUUUUUUAAAUGUUAUUCAUUAACAAAAUUUUUUUAAUAAGAUUUGAAAUGGUCAAAUGAAGUUGAUCUGUUUAAAGCACUUUGGAAUGUAUUCAACUUUUCUUUUGAAGGUCUGUGAAGCAUAGCAAACAUGCAAUAUGUUGUUAAGCUUUUCUGUAUUGUGUAUUUGAUUAACAUAUGACAUGUUUGAUUAACCUAUGAUGUGUUUGGUUGACCUAUGAUGUGUUUGGUUGACCUGUGAUGUUUUUGAUUAACCUAUGAUGUGUUUGGUUGACCUAUGAUGUGUUAAGCUUCACCCAUGUUAUGUAAACAAUCAGUGACAUGUACCAUAUGUUUUUUUUCUCAAAUGUUCUUUCCAAAUAACUUCCAACAACUAUUGUUAUGUGAACUCUUUGUUGAGCCAUUCAGAUUGUUAAUGUACUUUCUUGAAAAUGUUUUGAACUUAUUAUUCACAUGACAAAAUCAUCAUGCUCUUUUGAAUCCUGCAAACAUUUUCCUAUCUGGAUUUAAAUUAUUUUUGAUCAUGGAAUAAUCAGUGUAAAGAAGAAACAAAAUUAAUCUUAUACCCAGGAGGUCUUUUCCUAAUGAUUGUAUUAUAUUUUAUGUCUCCUUUAUUGUAUUUUUAGAUUUUAGUUUAGAUGUAAGCGAUCACCGAAGAGAAAGGAUAAUAUUUUGUUGAUAGACUUUGGAUAUGAUGAAACGUUAUUGGGUUCUGGGGAGACUUCACAUAACAGUUGGAUACUGAUAUAACCAUUAUUGGGCACUGGGGAGACUUCACAUAACAGUUGGAUAUUGGUAUAAGCAUUAGUCGACACUGGGUAGACUUGACAUUACUUGUGUCCUAAUGCAGUUUUAAUUUAAGGACAUAACUGUUUGGUGUUACGAAACACAGUUUUAACUUUAAUGGAACUCGAGGUAGGACCACAUCGCAUGUUAUUCAUUGUAGUUUAUUUCAUUUGUAAUGAUGUCUUGUAAUGAUUUUGUUAAAAAAUAUUAUUUACCUCAUAUUUUUUAGAAGAGACAUAGAAAAACAGAAACAAUAAAUAAAAUAAACUUCUCUAUGAUCUGCACUCUUGUAAAUAUCUUUCCUUUCCUUAUGACAGGGAUCCCAUUAUUUACGGCUUGAGGAUCUCAUGACAGUAUUUGUCUAGUUUGAAAUUUAAAUUCUACAUGUACUGUACUAUUUUGUCGUCUUACAUUAUUCAUUUAUUACCAAGUACAUAAAGAUAAUUCCAUAAUGGUGCCUAAUUAUUAUUAUUAUUUUGUUUUUUGUUUGUGAAGUUAUCUGUUUGCCACUUUAUGCUACAAGGAUGAGGACCACUAUUUUGUGACAUUUAUACACUCCAUAUUUGUUUCUUGUUUACACAAUUUUUUCCGUGCUGUAUUUGUUGAAUUCAUAUCAUAUCAUAACGACCUUACUAGAUGUGUUAGCAAUGUUACUGUUUUGGGAGCGGGGAGGGGGGGUUGCUCUCUAUUUGCAUGCCAUACUCAUUGAAUGGAAGGUUCUGUAAAAGUUAUUUCUUUCUCUUCUUGUAGUCCUCAAGCUUUCAAUAAUUCUAGACUAACUCUAACAGGGUUUCAUAUUUGUUUGAUAUGAGCAAGGUAGAAAAGACAUGGGCCAGGUAGAGAAGACACGGUUUAGGUAGAAAAGACAUGAACCAGAUAGAAACAACAUGGUUCCUGCUAUGUUGUUUCUCAAUGGCCCUCAGCAUCUUUAUCUUAAUAUUAAUGAGUUAUCUUGCUUUACUUUGGACCUUGCACAUUUCAUUGAGGGAUUAAGAGUUGUGAUUGGAGGAAUGGUAAGAGUAAGGGGUGGAAAAAUCUUUAGACCCUAUUCUCUGAGUGCAAAACCUUUCAGGCUGUUUCUCUGUAUGGAAAACCUUCCAGUUCCUUGCAAAUAUUCUGUUUGGAAAACCUUUCAGGACAAUUUUCUGUGAGAGAGUGGAAAAAACAUUCAAGCUUUAACAUUUCCAUUACCAAUGUAAUGUACUUUUAACAAAAAAUUCUAUGUCUAAGUUACACUUAGAAUUAGAAGUAAAAUUCAAUGAAGUUAUUACCAGUAUAUAGGAUAUUUCAUAACUCGCCUUACAGUUUAGUUCAAACUCCAAACUGCUUACUUCUGCCUGAAAAUAAAGAUUGUGUCAAUCUUGUAUAAACUGACUGUUUGAAAUAAAAGUCUCUAAAUGCCA